AUGUCUAGAAAGCGGGCAAGAGAAGAAACUACUAUGUUGGAUUCCACACCUUAUACAAAUCUCCAAAAUGGGGAAAGUGCAUCUUGCUCUAAAGAAGAUUCACCUGUCUAUCCACUCCUGACAAUGACUUGGGGAACCAACAGGAAUUCAAACAGUGAAUCAGGUCAAAUUUCACUAAAAAUGUGUAAUAGCAAAAUUUCUGUUUAUCACAAAGAACUUCCAUCAAUUUGUAAGGAAGCUCCCUUUAGCGAUGAGCCUGAAGCAAUUGCAGAAAGAAAUGCAUGUGAUUAUAAUAUUCGCAUUACAUUAAAAAUGGCAAAGAGUGACAAAGCUCCCAGGAAAAUUAGAGUAUACGCAGAUGGUAUUUAUGAUCUAUUUCACCAAGGACAUGCACGACAACUUCUACAAGCCAAAAAUAUUUUCCCACAUGUAUACCUCAUUGUAGGAGUUUGUAAUGAUGAAUUAACACAUAGUAAAAAGGGAAGAACAGUGAUGACAGAUGUUGAGAGAUACGACGCAGUAAGGCAUUGUCGUUAUGUAGAUGAGGUCGUCAGAGAUGCACCUUGGGAACUGAGUGAUGAAUUUCUUACAAAACAUAAAAUCGACUUUGUUGCUCAUGAUGAUAUACCUUAUAUGACAGAUGAUAGUACAGAUGUUUAUGCAGCCUUGAAAGCUAAGGGUAUGUUCGUUGCUACGCAGAGAACUGAAGGAGUGUCAACAUCGGAUAUCGUAGCGAGAAUAGUUAAAGAUUACGAUAUUUACGUAAGGAGAAAUCUUGCGCGAGGCUACAGUGCCAAAGAACUUAACGUUUCUUUUCUUAGCGAAAAGAAGUUCCGUUUACAAAAUAAGUUUGAUGAUUUAAAAGAUAAGGGUAAACGAGUGAUGGAGAAUAUAGGUGAGAAACGAAUGGAUAUGAUUAGCAAGUGGGAAGAGAAAUCUCGAGAUUUCAUCGAUGCUUUUCUACUAUUAUUUGGCAGGGAAGGCAGAUUGUCAACAAUUUGGAAUGAAAGUAAAGGUCGUUUGAUGCAAGCGCUAUCUCCUCCUGCAAGCCCAAAAAGAGAUGGCAGUCCAAAUGGCAGUAAUACCAGCAAUAACGAUGAAGAUCAGACAAGUCCACCACCGAAAAAGACUGGCCGUUUCGAAUGUUCGCAAAGUAAUUAUUAUUUAAGCGAUGACUAUAGCGACGAUGAGGAGGAAACUUUGCACUCAAAAUGAUAAUCCGUUUUCCCCACCAUCAUUCUUCAUUUUGACCAAAAAUAUCGUGCAAUCUCUUUAAGAGUGUUUAAAACUAUUUUCACGCAGUAAUGUGAUUUGUUAAAAUUAUACAUAUAUAUAUGAUUAUCUGUAAUCUGUUACAACAUAGAAAUUGAAUCUGAUUAGAAUUAUUGUAUACAAAUUAGAUUAUAAAUGUGCACAAACGCCACGUACAGAAGUCACGCAGAUAACUUGAGACAGUCAUUACAAAUAUUUCUUCCGAGUUCCGUUGUCGUUGCUUGUAUCAUUAACGAUAAGUUCCUAUACUUCAAGUGAAAGAUGUUCUGCUCAUUUCGAUUUCAUAUUUUGCUACAAGAGCAUACAACAGUCAAAAGACAUUUAUUCACAUUAUACUGAAGAGUCUGUGGUUUAAA